AUUCGUUCAAAAUGAACGAAUCGUUCAAGAACGACCCAGCACUAGUGCUCACGUGCUGCAAAUUUGGCCAAUGUUGAUGCCCCGGGUUCACAGAAUGACGUCGUCUCAUCGACCAAUCCGCUUAAUUCUUUAUGCCUCAUAACGAACCUAGUUCGGUUGCUAUAUAAACGAUUGACAGCAAGCUUCCAGCACAGAUCUGUGGGAGAAUCGCAUGUCCUGAAAUUAACCACAACAUCGUUAACCAUUAUGAAGGCAGUCAGUCCGGUGAGGUCCAUAAGGAAACCCGCCUUGUUUUUUUCGGAGCAUAAUCUCGGCAGCUCACGGGGCAAGAGCUCCUCGGACGACCCGCUCAGUCUCCUGUACAACAUGAAUGACUGCUACAGCAGGUUGAAGGAGCUCGUGCCGAGCUUACCGCAGAACAAGAGCGCGAGUAACAUGGAGAUCUUGCAGCAUGUCAUAGACUACAUUCUGGAUCUUCAGAUCGCACUGGACCAGAACCCGCAACCGCAGAUCCUCGGACAGAGCCCUCCGAAAAAGACUGUCAGAUCACUCGGAGCUGAUAUCAGCAUCAUCUCCUUCCAGCCCAGUAACCCUCAAAGAGAGAUCAACUCAGAGGACCUCAUAACCCUGUCUCGUUGAAAUGGUGUUUCGGUCAUGGAGCAAAAACGGGCUUUUUGUGUUUUUUGUCCCGUGUCAGACUCAUUUGCCUGGACUUCGUCUUGAAUGACAAAGGAUUCCCUCAAACGGACAUAAACAGAUUCUGAGUUAGUUAUAUACGGACUUUCAUAUUCUUUCUUCCAAAGGAAGAUUCAAAAAGACUGGAGCGAUUUUAAAGGAAAACUCUAAUUAAGCAAUCUCAAAAAGCAGGAUUUUUCCCCCCUUUGCUUUUAUGUUGGCAAGAUGUGCAAAAUGCAAUCCAGUUUGUCAAAAGGCUGCGGACUCUGUAAAAAUGUACUUUUGUUUUCUCUUUCUGCUGAAAAUGUGAUGUUUAUAAUAUUACAGAAAAUUGUAUAAUUAUAACGUAAAUGGCACUUUUAUACUGUACAUAAUUACAUGCUAAGUAUGAAGUCAGUGUCCUUGUCUGAGCUAUGGUUACAAAUGCAUUGUUUUUGUUGUAUUUUCUUAAUUUUUGCAAAUGCGUAGUUUAUUAACUUAUUACCGUUCAGGCUGUGAAACUAGUAUUGUAAAGGGUGUAAGGGUAAGAUUAUGAGGGGUUUGGGACAAUGGGGCGGGGGUUCAAAAUGUUUCAUUAAUUUUUAUUUAAAAAAAGUUUGUGUAACGGUGCUAGUUAUAGGGACCGAGAAAACAAUUCGUUUGCGCAAGACUAAUCUUACUGCGAAAAGUAUUGAUAGAAAAUUGAUUCCUUUUAAAUAGUUAAAAUAGUCUCAUGGGAACACAUAUCUACACAAGU